AUGGAACUGGAGUGGCCACAGGUGGAGCCAGGCGUUCUGGCUUUCUUGCAGCGAGUCUUUGCACAGCCGUGGCGGUUGGAAGCUGCCUUUGAUGAUGACCAGGACUGCAGUGAUCUCCUCAGAUCUGAAUUUCCACUUAUGGUUGAUGAGGAAUUGCAUGACUCUGUUGCUGCGUUGAUGACUUGGAAAGUUGAAUCAAGUCGGCCACUCAAGCGUUUCAGGAGAGGACUAGUUUCAUCUGCUCUUUUCGUUUUGCCUCAGCCCAAUGUUCUCAAUUUGCAUGAUGAGUUUCAGAGAUUGACAAAGACAAGUGUGCAGUGCAUUUUAGAGAUGCAUUCGAAGCGCAAGCAGCGGAAGUAUCGUGAGGAUCCACCUGAUGUGAGGUCUAAGAGAUUCGAGACCGAGAGACGGAAGUACUCUCUCCUUCUGGCUCAGGUGAUGAUCAAUGCAGAGCUUCCUGUGGUGGGGCUCAUCACCACAUUGGAUGAUCCUGGUGCAGCUUGGGUGCACAUCUUUGCUGCGCGCCGUGCCAACACUUUGAAAGCAAGGUAUAAAAUUUGGAAGCCUUUUGAGCGGUGGCUUGAACUUCAUCGGGGCUACUUGUUCCCGAAGUCGGUCAAAGAUGUUAUCGACUAUGUUCAACAUCGAGUUGAUGAAGGAUGUGGGCGGACCAUCCCAGAGUCGCUCAGCAUCACGUUGGCGAUGUUGGAGCAGUUGGGUAGGGUCCCAGAUGUGAUGAGGAUCUCAGAUGACCCCUUGUGGAAGGGGCAUGUGAAGUCGUGGACAGCAGAACUUUGUGAGGACGCUGCACCACGAAAGCCGGCAGAGAUGUUCACGGUUGCAAUGAUCUUAGCAUUGGAGUUGACAGUUGUCGAGCAGAGCGAGGCAAUUCCCAUUUUUGCAAAGGCCCUGGCUUGGAUCGUUUUGAUCAUGAUUUGGGGGGCGAUGAGAUGCGAUGAUGUGCAGGCAAUCAUCCCUCGCCGAUCCUUCCUUUCGAACUAUGGUUUGAAGCUGAUCUUGGGGAAGUCAAAGACCACGGGGCCCGACAAGGUCCAGAAAGAGGUGGCCGUCCAUGUCUUCAGGACGAUAUCUUUGUCUGGAGCGGACUGGCUGAGAGCAGGGUUCACAAUUUGGGAGGCUGAGGAAUUCAAGUUCCAUCGGGACUACAUGGUGAUGGAGCCUUGCAAAGAUUGGUCAAAGGUGAGGCGGAAAUUUGUUACGCCUGCAGGGCUCAGUUCAUUGAUUGGAAAGCUUUUGAGCACAUUGGGUUGCCCGAGACGAUCUGGUCUUGGAUGGGAGCUGAUGCAACAUGUCCUAUUGCUGCCUGAUGGACUGGAGAGUUUCUUUUCAGGUCACAGUGCUCGCAACUUUGUGACGUCGGUGGCGGCGGUGGCAGGGUUCUCUCGAGACGAGAGGGCUUAUCUUGGCCGUUGGUCCAUGGGCAUGGUGGCAUCGGAAGAAUAUGUGAGAACAUCCAGACAGGUGGUAUUCAAGAUUCAGAAGGCUGUCAAUCGCUGCCUGGUUGAGGGCACCAAUGGGCCUUACUUUGAGGAUGAGGCCAUCCAGCGGCUUUGUGACGCAGCCAAAGCAACAGGUGCAAAUCCCAACCGGGUUCGGAAGCGCCACACCGUUUUGGGAGACUGGUCCGGAGCGCACUCGCUUGGUGGAGUCUUCCCAACAUUGGAAGUGGUCGAUGGAGACUGGCCAGAACUGGAUGGGGAUGUCGUUGGUGACAUCGACCUGGCUGACAAAGUUGCCACUUUGGCACGGAAGGAGGCCCUCAGCAGUGAUGGGGCCUCCAAGUACUUUGUGACCAUUUCCAGGAGGACAUGCCUGAGGCGCUUGCACCUCAGUGGUUGCUUUGUGAAGCCUGACAGGUGUUUCGAAGUGGUCCACUUAGAUCAGGUCAACAGUGAUGAUUUCGACACGGUGUGUCAGGGAUGUAAGAAAAGAAUGUUGACAGAAUGUGGGAAGGAGGUCGAGUUGAAGGCAGAGGCAAAGGUGUUGGGGCAACCCCGAGUGCUUCAGAUUCAUGAGAGACAGGCGAUGCUGAGAGCUGUUGAGGCGAUUCAUGGAACGCUUGGGGAUCAGGAAUGCCCAUCCACCGACUACCUCUCGAUCAAGGCGGAGGAGACGGAGUGCAAUGAGCCGACAGCUGCACCCUUAGAUGAGAUCCUUUCAAAGCACUCUUCCACGAAUGCACAGAUUCAGUCAGCAGUUGACUCCUCCGGGCACAUCAGGGUUACCAGGACGAAGACCAAGGGUAAGAUGCCUUCGACAACGGAGGAGUACCGGAGGAAGGAGGCCAUGAAAAGAGUUCUGGAGGGAUACACUUUGGCUGAGUCGUUGCUUGCAGUGAUUCGUGACCCUGAUCUGAAAGAAGCCUACUUCACGACUCCGGUGGCCCUCAAAGCAGCUUUGUCAGGAGUCCCUGGGGUUGGAUCUGGCGACAACAGUUUUUGGGGGAGUGUCAUUGAUUUGGACUCUGAAGAGGAGCAUACAACAACUGACAAUAACACUGGGGGCACAAUUGAUCAACAGGUGGACGAUGGGGUGACGGACAAUGCAGACGAGGUUCAAUUUGACAUGGCUGCAUGUGGAAAUGCGGGCAGACCCAUUUCAGUUGAGUGGGACAGGACUCAGAAGGAGUUCACUGAUGGUUUUGGCUUAUGCAGCCCAACGCGUUGGAAGCCGUCUCAGAGAGGUGUCCACAGGUCUGAUGUGAUGAAACAGCUGGCAGACAGAACAUUUUCCAUCCUGGAGGAAGCAGUGACAGCAGCAAUUCCUGACGUGCGCAAGGAAGCAUUUAGGCUGGUUACGGGGAAGUUGGAUGGGUCACCUUUUUCUGAUGAACUUUUGGCUGGAGUGCGGUCAAAGUGGUUUUCUCUACUGGCAGACCCAUUAGAUGCUGCAAUCAGGGAUGAUGGACAGCCAUUUUUCCUUAGGGCUCUUUCACAGUGGCUUAGAGUUUUUGAUGACCCUGAUGGCAAGUGGUUGGUGGAUGAGGAGGACUCUUUCUCAACAGGCGUUUGCUUGGGGGUGGAAAAGCCGUUGCCGAGAUCACCGCAGGUUUGCCGGCCUAAGUUGAAGCAUCGGCGCCUUGAUGAUACAGAGUUUGCUGCCAUUGCUCAAAACUAUCCUUCUGCCCAGAUCUCCUCAAAGGAGCUUGAAGAGAAAUUUCAUGAGGAGGAGGCAUUGGGGAGGAUGCAUCCUUCCAAGCUGGGGGUGUUGCGACAACAGUAUGGAGACAAGGUCAGAGUAGCAGCAAUGGCGGCCAUACAGAAACCUGACGGGACAGUUCGUCCCCUUCACGACGCAACGCAUUCUGUGAUGGUCAACCAUGCCAUCAAGUACCGUGACAAGAUCGACUGCCCUGGCCCUGCAGAGAUCGCUUCAGUGUUGAGGGAAACUGCAGAAACUCAAGAAGCACCAUUUUGCGUAAGUGCAGAUAUCCGAGCGGCUCACAGGCUGGUCAAGGUGAGAAAUUCUGACUGGGGAUACAUGUGCUGCAAAGCGGACUCCCAUUCAGAGACAAUUUGGGUCAACAGGACUGAUGCAAAGUGCACUGAUACAUUUGUGGUGUUGGCAGGUUGGGAGCUGAAGACGAGGAGAUGGUUCGCCUUGAGGCUGGGUCCUAAGGAAGUUCCUUACCUUUUCAAACCCGGCAGUGGAUCACAAUGGGCAUCGACGUCAGCAGAGUUAUUAGCAUCCCUUACAGCCCUUCAUUUGUUUGGUUGGUUGGAAGAACAGAGAGAGAGAAGGGAUAUUGAGGUCUCCCUUUUUGGGGGGACUGACAACCGCGCAAAUGAGUCGCUCACAGAGAAGCGUUCCACUACGAAGUGGCCAUUGAUGGGCAUCAAUAUGCAGCUAUCAUCCUCUUUGUCGCGAUCGAGGUUGAGUUUGGGAUUGAGGUGGAGGCCUAGAGAGGAGAAUGUUGAAGCAGACCAAUUAACAAAUGAGGAUUUCACAGGUUUUGAUGAAAGUCUCAGGAUUGUUGCGUGCUGGGACGAUUUGCAAUUUGGAGUGUUGGAUGAUUUGGUUCAAACAAGGGAGUCCUUUGUUCUCGAAAAGGCUAAGGCCAAAGAGUUGGCCGUGCGUGCCCCGAAAGUCAGGCCGAAGAAGUUUGACAAGACCCCUUGGUAA